GAAGAGGAGACGGAAUGGCAGUGAAGAUGAUGGCCAUGUUCCCCAGACAAAGCGUAGUACCAGGAACACUGUCCUUCAGGACUCUUGGGACACUGAGAAAGUGGCUGUAACGAAACACAGCCAGGAAUACAGACUCAAAGGAAACAGGGUGUCCUGUGCG